GUAUCUCUGUCACCAAUGUUUCCUGAUGCGCUGAUGCUGGGCAUUGAAAUUCGAGUGAAGGUUCUCGACUAUGUGAAAGAUAGAAUCAAAGCACUGAGAGUUCAACAUCCUGGAAAGUACACCAACAUUUCCUGCAUCCGGUCCAAUGCUAUGAAAUAUCUUCCAAAUUUCUUUGAAAAAGGACAGCUUUCGAAGAUGUUCUUUCUCUUCCCUGAUCCUCAUUUCAAGAAAACAAAACACAAAUGGAGAAUUAUCAGUCAGACUCUUUUAGCUGAAUAUGCUUACGUCAUCAAAGUUGGGGGUAUUGUUUACACAAUUACUGACGUCAAAGAUCUACAUGAUUGGAUGGUCUCUCAUUUCGAUCAGUUUCCAUUGUUUGAAAGAAUCACUGGCGAUGAACUGGAUAAUGACCCAGUUGUUUCUAAACUUUACGAAAGUACAGAGGAAGGUCAGAAGGUCACGAGAAACAAGGGAGAAAAACAUCUUGCCGUGUACCGUAGAAUAGAGGACCCUUUACUUACUAAUUCGUCUUUUUCUUACGAAGCAUCAUGACAUAACUUUAAAACUGACAACGUUUAUUGAACGUCUGUUCAUAAUGAUAUAAAAUAAUUCAAAGGAUACUUGAUGAAUACUAGUACUGAAAUUAAUCUUGUCGUUUUUCAAACUAUACGUAUAAAAAUGAUUGG